AUUACUUCCCGUCUUGUCCCGUGCGCCCCCUCCCCCUUCACGGAAAAAGAAUGGAAUCUCCCGUCGCUGGGAGGGGUAGCUGGACGCAACGCGCAGGCGCGAAGGGAAGGGGGAGGGGCACGGGAUCUGGUUCCUUUAAACUGUCUGGCUGCUGGCGCCUGCGCACAGAGCCCCUCCUGGGGUGGGGCUGUUUCCCACCCCCUCUCUAUUCCCCCCGUCAUUCCAUUCUACCCCCCACUCCCCCGUUUUGGCACUUGGAAAUCUCCAGCCACUCUCGGGAGCUUCGUUUUCCCUAGUGAUAAGAGCUUCUUGGUAAUGGCUCUUGGAGAUCUUCGGCUAACCCCAACAUCGAGGUCCUGCGAAGGGUUUUCAGAAAUUUUCGACGCACCACCCCCCAGCCCAAGUCUCUUAGAAAUGAAGGCCCAGGGACACUGAGAGCACCUCUCGAUUGUCUCUGGCUCGUUGUCCCCACCCAACUGGAGUCUGGGAACCACUUGAGUAGUCACUGGCUCCCAUUAUAAGUACCCAGACUCACAAGGCUGACCACAGAAUCACGGAGAUUUCCCAGAGAGCUCGCUCUCUCUCUCUCUCUCCCUCUCUCUCUCUCUCUCUCCCUCCCUCUCUCCCUCUCUCCCUCUCUUCCUCCCUCCCUCCCUCUCCCUCCCUCUCCCCGCCUCCCAUGCACAGGGACAGGAGGUGCACACUCCCCAACCCCCAUCCCAAAACAGUGUCUAUGACUUCUGAUACUCCCCUGGAUGGAGCUCCAGCCAAUUGUAAUGCCAGGGUUUGCUCUUCUAACCUCUGAUUUUUGCCUCCUGUAGCUCUGCUCAAGACCCACUCACUGUCCGCCAGAGCUCCACCUCUGUGUUCCUUUGCUGAUGUCCAUAGUGCUGUCAUUCUCCAUCAGAUGGCACUCGUUGCUUCCCCAGGGGCCCAACUCUAAAUAUUGAAUCAUAUGGAGUGACCACUCUGAAGUCCCUGCCUUGCCAGACUGUGAAGAGCAGCUGGAGGGUCACAGCUCCCUGUACCUUUGCAAACUUUCAUAUUCUUGAUCUCUCCCUCAUUGUUCAAACGUGGCUAUCUGCAACCCCACACCAGGUUCUGGUGACUCAGCAUUGUUUGCUUUCUUACCUCCCCAGCACCCAGACAGUGCUUUUCCUGCUUAUUUCUGUAGCAGCCCCACUCCUACCUCAGAGUUCCCCCCUCCCCAAUCAUCUAAACUCCUUCACAAAGAUCCCUAAGGAUUAGAAUUAGAGAGUAGGAUGGAUGGCAGCAGCUGUUGGGGGCAGAAUUCAUUGUCUCCUAUUGUAUCACCCUUGGCCCUCUGACAAUGCUUAGAGAUUGCUAUCUCCACUGCUAUCAGACUCCUUUCUGGGAACUCAAGAUUUCCUGACACACGCCCCCCCCCCCCAGAUUUCUUGGUCUUCAGAUCUUCCCCUGCCCCAAAUAUUCUUCUUUUUUAAUUCAUUUAUGUAAUUUAUUUAAUACCCCAAAUAUUCUUAACCCCAUAAAUGGUAAUGAGAGAUCUUGAGCCAUCUCAACAUCAUUGUAAUUCUAAUGGUGCUUGGACAUCAUAGGGGUCACAGAGCUAGACCUGGGAGAGAAGAAAAACCUAUGUAAUCUAACCUCAUCAUUUGACAAAGGAGGAAACUGAGGCAAGCAGAGGCAAAGUGACUUGCCCAAGAUCACCUAGCUAACAAAUGGCAGAGCCAGGAUUUGAACCCAAGGCUUCCGACUCCAAACCCAGCACCCUUUCAGCUGUACUAGUUUCCAGCCCCCUAUCAUCCUUGUCCCCUCAGUGAUGUAUAGAGAUCUCCAGGCUAGCCCAUCAUCGCUGUCCCCACCUUUCAGGGCCCUUGGGUGUGGGGGGGACAAGAUGAGACGAGGCCCGACUGCCACCCCAGCGGAACCCUCCAGGGGCCUGACCCCACCCGAAGAUCCUGAUGCCAUCCCUUCUACCAGCAGCCGGGCAGGGGGCACCGUGAAGGUCUAUCUGCCCAACCAGCAGCGCACAGUGGUGACUGCGAGGGAUGGGAUGACCGUCUCUGACUCAUUGGACAAGGCGCUCAAGGUGCGGGGACUGAACCAAGACUGCUGUGCUGUGUAUCGCCUUGUGCAGGGCCGGAAGACAGCAACAGCCUGGGAUGCAGCCAUUGCUCCCCUGCACGGGGAAGAACUGACGGUCGAGGUCCGGGCUGAUGUUCCACUCGCGGCUGCCCACAACUUUGCCCGGAAGACAUUCCUGGCUCUCACCUUCUGUGACUUCUGCCGCCGCUUCCUCUUUCAUGGCUUCCGCUGCCAGACGUGUGGCUACAAGUUCCACCAACACUGCAGUGCCCGCGUCCCCACUGUCUGUGUUGACAUGGCCACCGCCCGCCAACCUUUCUAUCGCAGUGUCCAGGACUUGACUGGAGGCCCUGGUGCUCAUGAGCCCCAGCCUGGAAGCCAGGCCCUGUGUGAGCCCCUCACCCCAAAGAGCCCCAGGACACAAACACAGGCCUCCCAUGGGGAGACUUUUGCUUUCCCUGGGCCUGGAGGCCCACCCCUGCAAAGGAUCCGCUCCACCUCCACACCCAACGUGCACAUGAUCAGUACCACAAUGCCUGUGGACAGCAGGCUCAUACAGCAGGCAGCCCAGGCCUUUGCUGUUGAAGGAACAGGAGGGGAGAGGACCCCCCAAGGCAGUCCUGGCCCCAGCCUUGUGUCCCCCCCUGGAAGGAAAUCUCCACACCCCAAGUUUUCAUCAGAGCCCCUGGAACGCAAACCCUCUGCUUCAGCUGAUGAUAAGAAGAAAGUGAAGUCCCUUGGCUACCGAGACUCAGGCUACUACUGGGAGGUAGCCCCAGGGGAGGUGCAGCUGCUGAAGCGGAUCGGGACAGGCUCAUUUGGGACUGUGUUCCGUGGGCGAUGGCAUGGAGACGUGGCUGUGAAGGUGUUAAAGGUGGCACAGCCCACAGCUGAGCAGGCUCAGGCCUUCAAGAAUGAGAUGCAGGUCCUCAGGAAGACUCGCCAUGUGAACAUCCUCUUGUUCAUGGGAUUCAUGACAAGGCCUGACUUCGCCAUCAUCACCCAGUGGUGCGAGGGUUCCAGCCUCUACCACCACCUGCACGUGGCCGAUACCCACUUUGACAUGGUCCAGCUCAUCGAUGUGGCCCGGCAGACAGCUCAGGGCAUGGAUUAUCUCCAUGCCAAGAACAUCAUUCACCGAGAUCUCAAAUCCAACAAUAUCUUUCUGCAUGAGGGCCUGACAGUAAAGAUUGGAGACUUUGGGCUGGCCACAGUGAAGACCCGAUGGAGCGGAGCUCAGCAAGUUGAGCAGCCCACUGGCUCUGUGCUCUGGAUGGCCUCAGAGGUGAUCCGAAUGCAGGACAAGAAUCCAUAUAGCUUCCAGUCCGAUGUCUAUGCCUAUGGGGUGGUUCUGUAUGAGCUCAUGAGUGGCAGCCUUCCGUAUAGCCACAUCAACAACCGAGAUCAGAUCAUCUUCAUGGUAGGACGAGGCUAUCUGUCACCAGACCUCACGAAGGUCUCCAACAACUGUCCCAAAGCCAUGAAGAGACUGCUGGCAGACUGUCUCCGUUUCAAACGCGAGGAACGGCCCCUGUUCCCGGAGAUCCUGGUCACCAUUGAGCUGCUUCAGCGAGCGCUACCUAAGAUCGAGCGCAGUGCGUCGGAGCCCUCGCUGCACCGGGCCCAGACCGAGGAACUGCCUUCCUCCCUGCUGGGAGCCCUGCGCCUCUUCGGGCCCUAGUGGCCCUGGCCAGCCCUGGGGCAGGGAGCCAGGGGCCCCAGACCUAGCAUCGAUGACUCCAUUCCCCAGAACCAGGCGGCCUGGGGUGGGGGAAGCCGGGGUUCAAAGGCCAGAGGGGAGGAAGGGAGCCCACCCCCCACCCCCCCAAGAAGCACAGGAGGCUGCCCAGCUCUCGCUUUGAUCACUUAA